AUGCCUCAAAUUGAGGAGCUGGAUAAUUUACCAACACCUGUUCGAGAAUUAUUUUUAAGCAAAAAUCAACAAAGUAAUUCAAAAGCACGACUUAGCAGAUGUGAAGAUGAUCAUGACACCAAUAACCACCGAAGUCAAGUGGAUGUCAUCUUUCCUGGAGGAGCACCUGCGACCGAUGAAGCAGUUACCCGAACGUGUUCAUCGGUCUCUGUAGGCGGCAAAGAAUUGCUGCUAGAGACCUACAUUUGGCGGGAUUUUAUGCCUAUCUGCCCAAAAGAUGGUACACCAAUGAUCGCCAUACUCAAAAUCUGUACAAUCAAUUCAAGUCCGUUUCCUGCUGAUGUUCAAGCUGAUUUGGCAUGGAUUGUCUACGGUACGCAAGCCUGGGCUAUCCAUGUUCUUGAGGAACGUCCACGAACUUGUGAGCGAACAUAUCUGAGAGUAGUCGGGCGUGACGGUCCAAAAUGGGGUCCCCGUAUCAGUGUCGAUGUUAUAGUACAAUUGCGAGAUGCUCAAGGAAAAACUUUCUUAUUGCCGGCGUAUAGUCAAACUGUCCAUUGUACAGAGUGA